AUGACUCGUCCCAGUCCAGUGUCCAGAGACGACUCCAGUCCACGUCCAGUGUCCAGAGAUGACUCCAGUCCCUGUCCAGUGUCCAGAGAUGACUCCAGUCCCCGUCCAGUGUCCAGAGAUGACUCCAGUCCCUGUCCAGUGUCCAGAGAUGACUCCAGUCCCCGUCCAGUGUCCAGAGACGACUCCAGUCCCCGUUCAGUGUCCAGAGGUGACUCCAGUCUCCAUCCUUGUCCAAAGUCCAGAGGUGACUCCAGUCUCCGUCCCAGUCUAGUGUCGAGAGACGACUCCAGUCCCCGUCCAGUGUCCAGAGAUGACUCCAGUCCCAGUCCAGUGUCCAGAGACGACUCUAGUCCCCGUCCAGUGUCCAGAGAUGACUCCAGUCCCUGUCCAGUGUCCAGAGAUGACUCCAGUCCCCGUCCAGUGUCCAGAGAUGACUCCAGUCCCUGUCCAGUGUCCAGAGAUGACUCCAGUCCCCGUCCAGUGUCCAGAUACGACUCCAGUCCCCGUUCAGUGUCCAGAGGUGACUCCAGUCUCCAUCCUUGUCCAAAGUCCAGAGGUGACUCCAGUCUCCGUCCCAGUCCAGUGUCCAGAGAUGACUCCCGUCCCCGUCCAGUGUUCAGAGAUGACUCCAGUCCCAGUCCAGUGUCCAGAGACGACUCUAGUCCCCGUCCAGUGUCCAGAGAUGACUCCAGUCCCUGUCCAGUGUCCAGAGAUGACUCCAGUCCCCGUCCAGUGUCCAGAGAUGACUCCAGUCCCCGUCCAGUGUCCAGAGAUGACUCCAGUCCCCGUCCAGUGUCCAGAAACUAUAUGCCCGAGCUGCCGGCUCCGCCCUGGUCCCCCGAGCUGCCGGCUCCGCCCUGGUCCCCCGAGCUGCCGGCUCUGCCCUGGUCCCUCAAGCUGCCGGCUCUGCCCAGGUACUGCCCUGGUCCCCCGAGCUGCAGGCUCCGCCCUGGUCCCUCAAGCUGCCGGCUCCGCCCUGGUCCCCCGAGCUGCCGGCUCCGCCCCGGUACUGCCCUGGUCCCUGAGCUGCCGGCUCUGCCCUGGUACUGCCCUGGUCCCCCGAGCUGCAGGCUCCGCCCUGGUCCCUCAAGCUGCCGGCUCCGCCCUGGUACUGCCCUGAUCCCCCGAGCUGCCGGCUCCGCCCUGGUACUGCCCUGGUCCCUGAGCUGCCGGCUCUGCCCUGGUACUGCCCUGGUCCCCGAGCUGCCGGCUCUGCCUUGGUCCCCUGAGCUGCCGGCUCCGCCCUGGUCCCCUGAGCUGCCGGCUCCACCCUGGUCUCUCGAACUGCCGGCUCCGCCCUGGGCUCACAAGCUGCCGGCUCCGCCCUGGGCUCUCAAGCUGCCGGCUCCGCCCUGGUCUCUCGAACUGCCGGCUCCGCCCUGGGCUCUCAAGCUGCCGGCUCCGCCCUGGGCUCUCAAGCUGCCGGCUCCGCCCUGGUCUCUCGAACUGCCGGAUCCGCCCUGGGCUCUCAGGCUGCCGGCUCCGCCCUGGUCUCUCGAACUGCCGGCCCUGCCCUGGUCUUUCGAACUGCCGGCUCCGCCCUGGGCUCUCAAGCUGCCGGCUCCGCCCUGGGCUCUCAAGCUGCUGGCUCCGCCCUGGUCCCUCAAGCUGCUGGUUCCGCCCAUGCUGCCUGAACUGCCAAAUCUACCAUGGUCACCUGCAUGUCGGGUACCACCCUGA